AUGGCGGCCGCUCGCUGCAGCGACAUGGCGGAGCCCCAGCGGCGCCUUCCCGGGCAGGCGGCGCCCGCCGAGGAGGAGGAGGAGGCGGAGGUGGCGGCGGCGGCGGAGGUGGCGGCCGCCGGAGGGGCCGGAUCCUCCUCGUCGUCGUCGUCGCCGCCGCCGCCGCCUUCGUCCUCGGCCGCGACGGAGCCGGAGCCGCUGCUGCUGCUGAACGGCGAGGCGGAGAGCAUGUCGGAGCCGAGCCCGGAGAGCGCCAGCCAGGCCGGGGACGGGGAGGACGAAGACGAGGACGAGGAGGAGGAAGAGGAGGAGGAGGAGGAGGGCGGCGAGGAGGAGGAGAGCAGCCUGGUGGGCAGCAGCAGCAGCAGCACGAGCAGCGGCUGCUGCAGCGACGAGACCCGCUCGCCGAGCCCCGGCGGCGGCAGCGAGGCCGACGCCAAGGAGGAGCCCAAGGGCCCCCGGGGCAGCCAGGAGGACGGGCCGGGCCGCGGCGGCGGCGGGGGCGGCAGCAGCUCCAGCAGCGUGUCCAGCGGCGGCGACGAGGGCUACGGCACCGGCCCCGGCACGGGCGGCGGCAGCAGCUGCGGCAGCGCCACGUCGGGGGGCCGGCGGGGCAGCCUGGAGAUGUCCUCGGACGGGGAGCCCCUCAGCCGCAUGGAUUCGGAGGACAGCAUAAGCAGCACUAUCAUGGACGUAGACAGCACAAUUUCCAGUGGGCGUUCCACGCCGGUGAUGAUGAAUGGACAGGGAGUUCCUGCCUCCUCUGCCAAAAGCAUUGCCUAUAACUGUUGUUGGGAUCACUGCCACGCCUGCUUCAGCUCCAGCCCGGACCUGGCGGAUCACAUUCGCUCCAUACACGUGGAUGGUCAGCGAGGAGGGGUGUUUGUUUGCUUGUGGAAAGGUUGCAAAGUAUAUAAUACGCCUUCAACAAGUCAAAGUUGGUUGCAGAGGCAUAUGCUGACACACAGUGGGGACAAACCUUUCAAGUGUGUAGUUGGUGGGUGCAACGCCAGCUUUGCAUCUCAGGGAGGACUUGCCCGUCAUGUGCCCACACACUUCAGCCAGCAGAACUCUUCAAAAGUUGCCAGCCAGCCCAAGGCCAAAGAGGAAUCUCCAUCUAAAGCUGGAAUGAAUAAAAGAAGAAAAUUGAAGAACAAGAGACGACGAUCACUACCAAGACCUCAUGACUUCUUUGAUGCACAAACACUGGAUGCUAUAAGACAUCGAGCCAUCUGCUUUAAUCUCUCAGCACAUAUAGAAAGUUUAGGAAAAGGCCACAGUGUUGUAUUUCAUAGUACUGUAAUAGCUAAAAGAAAAGAAGAUUCUGGCAAAAUAAAACUCUUGCUUCAUUGGACACCAGAGGACAUUCUGCCUGAUGUGUGGGUAAAUGAAAGUGAGCGACAUCAGUUAAAAACUAAAGUAGUUCAUUUAUCAAAACUACCAAAAGAUACUGCCUUGCUUCUGGACCCAAACAUUUACAGAAAUUCUAGUAAAGGAAGUACAUACAGUGGAAUCCUGAAAGAUCACUUCUGUUAAGAUCACAUACUGAACAAUGCCCCAGAAGAGGUUGAAGAGGUAAAAACCAAGCAAGUGGGGACACCUGCAGUCUUAGUCACUGACAAUGGAUUUAGAAAUAAAGUUGCACAUUAGUCAAAUCCCAU